GUCAAACAUCAAACGUCAAUGUCACAACGAUAAAUUGAUUUGGCAAUAAUUUUCGUUUGCGUCCGCAAGUCGCUCAAAUAAGAAAAAUCUGAGAAAAUAUAAAAAAGAUUUUCAAAUAUCAAUUUUAUGAUGUUUACAAUUUACACUUAAUAAUAGUUAGGCACCUUCUGCUCAGAAAUAUUUAUUACCUUUGAAACAUGACAACAAUACACAAAUUUCUAUAGAGAAAUUAAAAAAAUAAAUCUGAAGAACUAAUCCGGACUAUGGCUCCUGGAAAUAAAGAUCGACACCCAGGUCACACGGGUACUAUCCCGAAAACCAAAGUGCGGAAUAAUUGCAAUGUACCCCAGGAGGCUGUGACGCCCACAAGACGAGAUAUGGCAUCGAAUUUAGUGACGACCUCCUUAGAUUGGGUGCCAGUGUCAGAAUAUAAUCCAAGAAGUAAUUGUAAUCAGUCCAGAAAACAGACCAACAAUACAUCAGACCAGGAAUUGGCUGACCUAGAUAAUUCCGUUUCCUUCGAGAGUGGAUUUGGAAGAUUUGUUCCUGUUAGACCACAACCACGGGCUCUUCCGUUAACUGUGCAGAAUCGGGAACAUCUUUCUGGAGAUCGGGAACAUAUCCCGGAUGAUGCAAGUUCAUCUGGCUCACAUUCAUUACAUCCAUACGCCCAUCAGUUGCAGAAUGGUUUAAUUCCACACUCAAAUCAUGCUGCAGCUGCUGUAAUGAUUGUGAAUCCUACAACACCAAACACUUGUGCAGGGAAUAUGUCACAGUCUUACAAUACUCCAAAUCAAAACAGAAAGAAUUUGACAAGAAAUCUUAACUCAAAUCGGAAUACUUUUGAGGGAAAUAAUAAUUCCAAUAAUAAUACAGCCUCAGCAGGCUCAAAUAGUAAAUCAGGCACAAAGGCUGUCAAUUUGAUGAAUAACAUGUAUGAUCCAGGGCAAGGAGGUUUUAGCAACAUCAAUGAAAGUAAUCAUGUACAUAGAGAAUCUGCAAGAGCAUUGGGCGAAGCAAUAGUUGCUGCUUGCCCUGAUGCUGCAUCAGUUGAAAGAAGACUUGGACAAAUAAGGGAAUAUAUUAGAGUGACAUCAUCUCUAGUUGACACUAUGCGUAAUUCUGAAGAUGAGGCUUUUAUUGAACACACUAAAGAAGAGUAUGAUGAAUUAAUUGAAAUGAUAAUGAAAUUAAAAGAAAGUGAAACAAAAUUAGAAUCACUUCUUUUAGAGAAAACUUCUGAAGCAUUAGAUGCUAUGAGUGAUGACAAACAGGAACCAAAUAAUAAUAACAUUGAUAACAAUAACAAUAACAAUGAAAAUGAAGAGCAUCUUGUUAAUAGUCCAGACACUAAUACUCAAGAUAAACCUAGCAAUGUAAAGAGUACUAACGAAGACAAUUUACCUAGUAACAGUAACAAUCAUUUGAAAAAAGUUACCAACAUAGAGAAUGAACAACUUAACAAAACACUCUCUGUAAAUAAAAAUAUUGAUGAAGCUACAGUUGUUCAACCACAGAGUAAUGACAGUGAUGAACAUAUUGAAAAACCUGAACAAAGUGGUGUUGAAAUAAAAGAAAUAGAAACAAUAACUUGUGAUGAAUCUGAUGAUAAGAAAGAUGAUGCAAUACUGAACGAAAUUUUGAAGAAGAAUAUAAUUUCGUGUGCAGAAAAAAUGGCUUUGAUUGAAGAAAUGAAAAAUAUGACUAAAGAUGCAAAUAACAAUGAAGAAAAGGUUGCGCAGGAUGUUGUGGUGCGACCUGUGUCCGUCCAGAGUAACGGAUCUGUAUACAGUGAAAAUGAAUUGUGGCAAAAUGAAAUUAAAAAUAAAAUGGAAAUGUCUCAAAUGCGACUGUCAGCUUUGAAGCAACAACAGAAGAGACUUAUAAAGUAUCAGGAAGAAGCUAAGCAGCAAUUGGAAGAAUUAAACAAGGAAAGACAGAAUCAGGAAAUGCAUCAUGCAUCAACUUCCCAUGACAACUUUGGAGGUUCACAGAAUCUCUCCGUCAACGCAAACUACCAUCAUCCGAACCGUAUGUACGCAACGAAUCAAAUCGGCGUUGCGACCACGUUGCCGCAAGCGUCGGAGCACCCGCACGCUAACAAUAUGGACGCCGAACAUGGCCGCUCUACACACUCUGCGCAGAGCGACGAGAGAUAUCACAUGAGGGAUGGCAAUAUUGCUAGCAGUGAGGAAGCAGCCGUUGGUGGUCGCGAUAGUGAAGUGGAAGAUGACGAGGGAAUACUUCACGAGCGCGGGCGCAUGCUGCAGCUCAAACUGCGGGAGUUGCAGAUGAAAAAACAGCAUAUGGAAAAUUUGGUGACUGAAUUCCAAAAGCUACAAAUGGUGACUCGUAUCGCGCCAUCCCAUAAUACUUACUCCAGUUCGGGUGAAGAUAGUGGCGAAGAUGAACCGUCACGAAAAUGUAACAAGCAGGGUGUCAAUCUUAAGAAUGAAGACCCCUUCAAGAUGAUGGAAAUAAAAGCUAUUAAGACUGCUUUACAAAAAACUAAAGAUCUCAUGCGAUCAGUGGAAACAUAUGAGGCUGAUCAUUUAUCCGGAGUUCCUGAUGAGUCUUUCCACAUGCCUUCACAUUCAAAUAACAUUCAUGACAAUAAAUCAGAAUGUGACGGGAGCGUAGGGGGUUGGUCGGAAGGCAGCUUAUGCCGGGUACAGAACCCGCUGCCACAUAGACACAAGCUAACCAAUGAGCACUCGGUGCAACGGCACGCCCCGCAACAAAUUCAAGGUCACGAGGCAAACAUUAAUUCUCUACAAGAGUUGGCGCAAGAAUUGCGAAUGGAGACUGAAAAAAUAAUGGGUGAACGGGCGCGCGUCAAGGAUUUGGUCACUAAUAAAGAAGCGCGCCGCAAGCAAAAGAAGGUGAACGAGGAGAGCGCUCGCGUCCGCAGCCCCGGGCCGGCCGAGCGCAGGCAGAUGCAGCUGCGGGCGCUGCUCGCGGACAAGCAGAGGGAGCUCGAGGCGCUGCUUAAUAAGGAGGUUAGAAGUGCUACUACAGAGGUGCCGAAAGUAAAACCCGAUUCUCGAGCAGCGUCCGUCGCAAAUCAAUCUUAUACUAGUGAACCAGAGGAACCCGAAUCUCGCUCGGAACAUAUACAAAUGGAGUCACAAAACUCCAGAGAAACAGAAAACUUCCGUGGAGGGGGUGAUAGCGCACUCGGCAGUCGUUCCGUGAACACAGCACCGUCUCAACUUGCGAGCGCAUACUGCAGUGAUACUGAUAGUGUCUCACGCGGCAAAUCGAACCAACGCAACCGCGCCCGCCGUCGGCCAACACAGGAGAGACAUUCUGAAGAACACAGUAUCCCGCAACAAAAUAAUGUGUCUGCGCGACACGAGCCUCGGCCUGAAACAUCGAAUGUAAACAUGACUCCACCUGUUGUGCAAAAUAGCGAACACAUCGGUAACAUGCCGUACCCGCACAUGCCUCCGCCCUGCUGGAAUUCCAAAUCAAAUCAGGACAUGCGAACAAAUCAGUUCACGCAGAACAGUCAUUCGCAAACAAUGGAGCGACUGUUGGGAACGCCUCAGAUGUCUUUCCCGCCCACUAUGCCGUUUAACAUGAUGCUACCUUAUGGCGGUGUGAUGUGCGGGGCGUGCGCGUGCGGGUGCGCGUGCGGCGCGUGGGGCGCGUGGUGCUGGCAGCAGCUGCUGCUGCACCAGCGGGACAUACACCACCUGCGGGACCAGCUCGCGCACUUAGAAGAACGCUGGCGUGCGGAAACAGCGUCUCAUACGCUAAACAACCAAGUUCCACCCGGAAAUCGGGCUAACAACUAUUGGGACAAUUUUAGAAGUUAUUCUCGUCAGAACCUCCUCUCGACGAACAGCAAGACGAACGCGGGCGGGCACCUGGGCGUGGGCCCCGCGCCGCCCCACCCGCUGGUGGAGCGCUCCCACAACACGCUGCACCACACCUCCUCCUCCACGUCGCCGUGCGUCACGCCCAAGCGCAACUCCAACGCCGUCACAUCCUCCCACUGCGGCGCUCAACACACGCCCAACACCGACGACGCUCCCAAUCGACACCGGAGAAACGUCGCCUACGAGAGAUCGCUCUCCUUCUCCUCCGCCCCCGACGUCCUCAACGUCAAUCAGAACAACGAGGAGGGCACUGCCACCCCCCGCAAUUUAGAAGAGAGCGCCAACGCCAACCAUCGGCAAGAAGCGGCCGCUAACGCUUUCAGAAAUCUCAACAUCGCCAACCCGAUACCGGAAAUAAUCCAAUCUCAUUCCAAUAAUCUCAACGCGACUACGAACAGUAAGAAAAAGUCAUCCGCGAAAUUGCCGUCUAAGAAUUCCGCCAACAGGAGGAAUUAUAACAUGCUAGAUUUCUCUCAAACCAGUAACGUCAACAUAGCCAGCACUUCCGAGCCGGCUAAUCCCAAUCCCAACUUGGCGUCCACGAGUCGCGAGGUGCAAGAUAAGGCGACGUCGAAACUUUUUGACUUGCUCAGAGAGAGCAUAUAUUCCGAAGUGACGACGCUCAUAGGCGUGAACGAAUCACAUCCUGACUUCCUGAUACAGUUGUUCAAAGAACUUAAAUACAUUAGUUCUGACCAAUUACGACAGAAGGUUUUACAAUCGAUUCGUAACAUACUCUCCCAAUACAGCCCAGUCGCUGAGAACCAAAAUAGUGAUGCUAUGCAAGAUGACUUCAAUGAAGCAGUUACGACUACUUCCGAAAGUGGACCCUAUCAUGGGUGUAUGCAAAAUGGGUGCUCAAGUACCGUUCAAAUUGAUAACAAGAUUGUUCGCUUUUUACUCCAUAAAAGUGAAGAAGUGUUUACUCCAGCUCUUUUAGAAGCCUUAGCUAACAUUAUCGUUAACAAUCCCGCCGAUACUAGGAAUAUUAAAAAACUUAUGGAGUCCCUUUUGAAAUACGAAGGAAUGAGAGUGUGCGAUGUUUCGAGCGAUAUAAUAGAAAAUUUGACAGUAUUGAUGGAAACUAAUCACGACGGGGAAGAAUCGACACACCACAAUAGCGAAAUGUCGGACCCAUCUAUUUUGCAAGACGUCGCUGGAUCCUUGAAUUUGUUCAGUUCAAGUGAAACUCAAUUGCAUCAGAUAAACGGAUGUCCUUACGAUAUGUGGCCGGGGCAUCACGUCCAUAUGGAAAUCGAUUCGACCGAUAUCAAUGAUAACAAUCAAGAGAGAAAAUCCGAUUUAAUAUCAUGUUCAGAGAUGCAUAACGGCGAUUUAGCUGAGGCCGAUCAAACUUGCCACUCCGACGUCGGAGAGAACGUUUCGAGACAGGAGAACGAUAACGGAGGGAAUGCUGAAGCGUUGCCUGACGUCGUGGACACUGAGGAGGUCACCCCCACAGAGGCUGAAGCAGAAUGGCUUGGACUUGACCGUGUGCCAACAAGGCUGCACAUGGAAGAUUUAUCUGAAAAAUAGAAAGGUUAAACUCAAGAAGUUUGACAUUAUGACGUGAUUUUAUUUAUUAAUAUUCAAUUAAUUAAUAUUUUUUCUUAAUCACUUGUAAUUGCUUGUCUCUACAUAACCAUUUAUGUAAUUAUUAUUUAUUAUUUAGCACAAAUAAAAUAAAUUAAAUGUA